AUGGAAUCUAAUGGAGAUAGCUCUGUUUUUCCGAUUGAAAUUGAUUUUGAUGACAUUCAAGAAGAGGUGGAUUUCUGGAAUUCUGCUGUUGUGUGCUAUGUUGUGGGUGCUAAUCCCCCUAUUAAUGUCAUGGAAGGUUUCAUUAGGAGGAUCUGGAAACAUUUAAAUGUUGAUAAGGUUGUAUUGGUGAAAAGGGGUAUAUACUUGGUGCGUUUUAAGACUAUGGAUUCCAGAGAUAAGGUUCUCACUGGACAUUAUUUCUUUGAUAGCAAGCCUUUAGUUCUUAAACCCUGGACUGUUGAUAUGGACAUGGACAAAGAUGAUAUGAAGUCAGUGCCUAUAUGGGUACAACUGAAACUCAAUUUCAAGUAUUGGGGUGAAAAAGCUUUGUUCAAAAUUGUGAGCCAGAUAGGAAACCCAAUCAAGAGGGAUUUUGCUACUGCCUGUAGAGAUAAGUUGCAAUAUGCAAGGGUUUUGGUGGUAGUUCCAUUGUCACAGAAGUUUCAAGAGGAGAUCUCAUUCAGAAAUGAGAAAGGAGAAAUGACAGUAGUCAGGGUGCAUUAUGAAUGGAGGCCAACUGUUUGUACAACUUGCAGAGGGGUUGGGCAUGUGUCUACUGAGUGUCGGUUGGGAAACACUAAGAGAGUUUGGGUUAAGAAACAACCAAUUGUGAAUACUGCAACUGCAACGAAUACUGCAACUGCAUCUGUACCUGUUGAGAAUGCAUCACCCAUGGAUCCAGAGGGCUUUCAAACAGCACUCAGACCAAUUAGGGUAAGGUCAUCAUCAGUGACUCCAACUCAAACUGUUAAUGCUUUUCAGAUUCUGGAGAGUGUGAGCCAGAUUGAUGGAGGAGGUGAUCUUGGAAACAAUGGAGGUACUGGUGAAGAUCAUGGAAGCAAUGUAGCUGGAAGGGGGGGACCCUUCUCAUCCUAA